AUGAGCAAUAGUGCAAAUCAAUAUGUUACUGCUGCACUAACUGAUCUGAUUGACUACGAUAAUAUUUCCACUUCAAAUGUCAAUGAUGAACGAUUCAUCGUGGUUUCAAUUAUGGAGCUGCCACUCAAUUACAGUGCCUUGAAUUCGCCGGAAAUACUUUAUCUAGAUGGAACAAAUCAGAUACUGCUUCGGUGUGUUAAUGGUUUAACAAUGAUCUUUGAUGCAACCUUUGAAAGCACAUCACCUCUUGCCACAUAUCGUUUAAAUCCAAAUGCCCGGAUAGUUUACAAUAAGCAUAGUGGUACGUUGGCAGUUGCUGAUUCCAAAAUGCUUUGCUUUCGUCAGGAUUAUGGUGGUACAUUUCUUCUUAAGACUGCGCUUAAGAGGCCAUCGAAUAAAACUGUUUCUGUUGAAUUACCACUGGAUGAGGCUACGAAAUUCCUACAGAUAGUUACAAAUGAUACUGAUUCAGAAGAUAUUCUUAAACAACGACCUGCCCUACGGAAAUUUAUAUCACAGUUACGCAUCGCAGUAGCAAAUUUGUCUCCUAACACUAUGGAAUCAGUAGUAGUAGAAGCAAAUGGCAAAGAAUUACUUGAACAGUUACGGCCUUUGGAAACUCCUGGAGAAAACAAUGGUACAGAGGUACCACCGGAAUGGAUGUCUUUCGUCUGGCCUUACAUUUCAACACUUGGAGAACGCGUGCGUCUGAUGUUAAAUCCAGAUCAUCCCUAUAACUUCGAUUACUCACCGGAGUGGAAGGGUCUAAAUAAGGAUAUGAUGGCAAGUGAAGCAGCCCGUCGUCUUACAUUUCAAAACUGGCCUCAUAUGGAAUACAGAUGGGCUCUGCCAUGUCAGAUGGCAGAAGCAGGGUUUUAUCAUCAACCAAAUAGUGCUGGCGAUGAUCGAGUUCUCUGCUUCUCUUGUUUUGUUUGUCUGGUGUGUUGGGAACCGUCAGAUGAACCCUGGUCUGAACACGAGCGUCAUUCACCAAAGUGUCGUUUUGUGCAUAACUACACGAAUCCAAAUGUACCAUUGGUUUUAACAAUGUCUGCUUUAUCGCCAUUUAUUCAUCACAUACAAGUGAAUCAUACAUCGUCGCUUAUCUUCUCGGUAGGAAGUGGUGAUUGGAUCGCUGUAGCAAGCAAAGAAUCUGCCGAAGUACAUCUGUGGAGGAUGGGUAGUGUUGUGCAGGUGAAACAAUGGUUCACUUUGAAUUCAGAGAAGUUCUUUUCUGCUGUUUUGGAUUGUAUGGUAGAGGAAAGCGAUUCGCUUCCGCGUAGAACUCAGAGAGUUACCUGGAGUGAUGAUCUCACAAAUUAUUUGAUAAAUACUAGUGGAGAUGAAGAAGCACAACAGAGCAGCGCUGUUAAAGGGUCCUCAUCAGAUGAAUGUUUGUUGAAAUCAGCACUGUCUGCUUUGCUGUUUGAAUCUAAUUGCGAAGUUGUCAUUACAGCUCUCUGUACCACUGGAAAACCAUGCCUUGGCGAUUCUUCCAUUGGUAUCAUGACAAGGAAGUCAUUUGAACAGAAUCAAACUUUAGUGGUUGUUGCUGUUUCCGUAGAUGAUACAAAACUGAACACUGUGUGUCAACAGAAUCAAAGCAGCUUGGAAUCUGAAAUAAGCACAUUAAAUACAAUGAAUAGAGCUCAUGAGUUUAUCGAUAUGCCACCACGAAUUGUUAGCGGACCACGUUCUGUCGAUGAUGCAAUUAAUUCUAGUGCAUCAUUCCGUCCAUUUCUGGCUCUUUACCAACUUGACUGUGUGGAUUCUUUUGGUUCGCGUAAGCGCACAACUUCGACCUGCCAAGAAGAUUCAAAACCAGUCGGGAACAAAUCGUUACAUUUCUCAACUGCAGAUGAAGCCGAUUUCACGGAAGGAGUAUUACUGAUGGAUACUGCUGAUGGCACAGUCUUUGAAUGGUCCGACUCUGCGUAUGGCGAACACUCUGGCUUUGUUGAUUUAUCCACUGGGGAGGAAAAUGGAGCGAUAGAUGGACCAUCAAAAACAGAUGCAAAAUAUGAUGAAAAAGGUUAUGUAUCUGUCAGUUACGAAGCGCCAUCGAUGGAUGUUUCCUUCGUGCAGUGUUUCAGAUUGCCAGCUGCAGUUGAUAAUACCUCAAUGGAAAUAUCAGCAAUAAUUCCAAUGCAAAAUAUUUUCCUGGUCGUUGUAGUUAAUAGCAUAGAAUCUACUGUGGAUGGAAUUCAGUCAGCAAUAUUAAUAUAUCUUAUUCAUUUUGGAAAAAUUACUGUCGAUGUUCAGAGGGAGCCGCUAAAAGCUUAUUACUAUAAGAAUUUUCGAAUCAUGCAGUUCUCUUUAACUAAUAUGGAUUUCAUUCACACAAGUUUAGAGUCAUAUACCAACAACGAUUACUUUGAUGGCGGAGUUAUUCGUACAAUGGAUGAUAUGGUUUAUUUCAUCAAUCUUAACACUAAUAAAUUGUAUCCUUUAUGCGAUGAGAAAGUGGCUCAAUUUGCUGUUAUGGAUAAUGGGAAAGUUACUCUACUGACGAGAAAUUCAGGAAAGUUGAUAACUGUUCAAGUUGAGCAGUCAAGUUCGCAUCCUACAGCUUAUGACGAUGAGGAUGUUGCGGUAGCUGCACUGUUCAGUAAAAUGAGCAAAAUGAGCGAUUCGCAGCAGUCGAACGUACCAAAAAAUAUUGACCGAGAAGCGGCACAAAAUUUACCGUCUAGAAGUUAUGAUAUGACAAGUAUAAUGGCAUCGGAGUAUCUGUCGACUGCAGGUUUACGGCGAAUAUGGAAAUUAACGAGAAGUGAUAUUGGUGGGCCAACAAAGAAUGCCACUUACCGACUUCCUUAUCAUUUUAGUGGGCAGUCUGGAUAUCAUCUCAUAGCUCCACCUGGUUGGAGCGAGGUGCCAGCAAAUCAGCGUGCCAGAAAAUAUUUCACUGAAAAUAGACCAGUAGAAGGGGUGAACCGCAAGUGGUUUUACCAGUCAGAUUAUCAACAUUCGAAUGAUUUACAUAUUUUCGAAUUACUCCACUUUCAGCAUGGAUUACGCGUUUCUCAUAUUGAUAUUUUUUUAAACUUCCAUGAAACAUGUCUAGCUUGUCCAGAUAUCGAAUUAAGGUUGUACCGUCGGAAAAGUAAUACUGAUGGUAUAUCAUCACCUUUGAAAAUACAUUCGCAAGCAUCUCUUUCUGGAAGUGUUGAUAUGGAAGAAGUUGAAGCACAGUGUGAUUUAUUGGCCGGACCGUAUCACUGUGCGGAAUAUGUUGAUUUAAACAGCCAUUCGGCAAAAAUACAACUACCAGGGAUUGUUUUCUUACCUCAACCUAUCAAAAAAGGUGUUAAUGUAAUCGGUUUCAAAUCGGUUUCUUAUUAUCUUGUCUUGAGAGCUCUAUCUGAUUUUUCUCUUGAUCAGGCGAUUACUGCUAUGAAGAUAAACGAACGAGAUAAAUUUAAAGCAGCAGGUAUCCAAAGUAAAACGAAAUCAUCUUCGAAACGUCGUAUCGAUGAUAUAGAAUUUACAGAACUAUCGCAACCUUCCAUAACUGCAACUGGAGAUUAUUUUGUGCACGAUUUAACUGAUCGGCGUGGAGUACAGUGGAUAGAUGAACUGGUAAUAACAGUGGUAAAAGCAAAAAGAGCAAUUGAUCCUAAUGAAAGAAUUGAAAGACAUGCGCUUAUUGAAACAACCGAUCUACACAAUAAUAUAGUGAUGCUAGCUGCUGGAAUUGCGCCAAAAAUAUUACCAGCUCAAAAAGCUCGGACAGAAGGUGAAAAGUUGCACCAGCAGAGUCUUGCAAUUGGCAUUAUUGAGUGGCUGAUCGAUAACUGGGUCAAUACUUCGUCGCAAACAUAUCUGUCGUCUUUUGCUGAAAUGAUCAUUGAAAAUGUUGACGCAAUCUUCGUUAACUGUUUCAUAAUUUCGCCACGCUCGAUUUCUCACAAAUGGAGUGCUACAUUGAUGUAUUUGUUACGUGUCUUACGAAAGUCAGAUGAUGUUGCUUUUUCGAAACUGUUACAAAUUUUUUUGUCAUGUUCAAUUCGGAUCGUGACAAAUUUACAUGCAGUUAGGAAUGCUGGAUCUCUUCACUGGUUAUUUGUAUUUAUUUUCGCCCUGUUGAAGAUGGCAGUGAUGAAAACAAACGAUGUAUCUUGUGGUGAGCUUUUGAAUACUUUGUUAAAUGCGUUUACAAAUACGCUUACACUUGUUGGUAUCGCAUGGAAGCAAUGUUGGGAUGGUUCAGUGCAUGAUAAAUUAGCUACUGAAUAUAAUCUUAGUGGAUUACCUACAGAGCUAGUUAUGUAUGAAUGGCCUAGGUCAGUUCUUUCGAUAUGCCAAAGGACAGCUACUGUCACUACCAAACUGAACGGCCCGAGUGAGUCAGCACAUGCAACUGCAUUUCCACCAGAAACACCAACAUUGAUUGCAUACAAAUGGUCAUCUACUACUGAUGGUGAUGGAAAAGGAAAUAAUGCAAUGAAACCAUCACAAAAUUCAGGAACGAGUCGUUACAAAAAGAUUUCCACAGCCGAUUCUAGGAUUUUCAUUAAGGAUUGCGCUGAUGCAAACACGAAUAUUAGUGAACUAACUGCAGAGAAUGAAAUAGACUGGCUAGCAAUGUUUAAUAUAUCGACGGAUUUUACAAAAGAAAUAUUUGAAAAUAUCACAGAAGCAAAUCCUGCAUUAAAUUCUCAACGAGAAUGUAAGUAUCAAACAGUAACGACAUCAACGCAGUUGAGCGGUUUGUUAGAAACGGAGCCACUCACAUUCAGUGUAAUAUAUGCUUCAGAUCACGUUAAAGUUGAGAACAUGGAGACUGGCUGUAUAACAGAAGUUGAUUGCACAUCUGCACCUAUUGGUCAUACUGAAAAUGAAGGUCCUGUUCCACUGAAAAUUAUGGAUAUUACUCAAACAAUUUUAAAUAAAAAGUCGGAACAAAAUACUGGAAAUGAUUCCGGAAUUUCGAAAUUAGGACUGCAAGAUCUAAGUGCGGAUUUAAAUGCACGUAUGACAUUAAUUGCAAUGGAGCAAGCACAGACAAAAGAUGAUAGUGCAGUUGGAAAUGCUGAGCAAAGUUCACAAACAGUCGCGCAAGGUUUAGCAACCCAGGGAUCAUCAGCAAGUACAUUUGGUAUUCCAACUACACCGAAGACAACACCGUUCAUGACACCAACUCCACUGUCCCCGUCACAUCUCUCGCCUAUAAACUCGGAGCCAAAUCUCGCGUAUAUGAUGGAAAAUGAAUCUGCUGACGCUAGUGAGGAAUCCCAGGAAACUAGUGACAAAGGAGCUGAAAUACGUUCUCAUAUUCCAUCAUUAGUGUCCAUGAUUUCGUCUGAUAUCUUCAAAUUGCCUUCACAAAAAUUCUUAUUGAUGGAAAGAAUUUCUUUUGGAUCGAGAAAAUUUGUCAUAUUGGAUUUUGGAAUGCCUGUUCUUCUAACAGAUUUGUUCAUCCCAUCAGUAGCAGAAAUAGCAGCAAUUUCUAUAGAUGUAUGGCUUCUGGGAGAAAAUGUUGAUGGACAGCGACUAUUAGUGACAACAGAUAUAUGUCGCAAAAGUAUCUCCGUACAAGAUUUGCAGCCUUUCAUGCGAAUAAGAUUUGUAAAGAUAACAUAUGUUGGACGGCAGCUGUAUAGCACAGCUUGUAAAAUUCCAGUAGGACUCUUUUUUGGUCAUCGUUUCUUUUCAUCAUGGCAAGCUCACUCAUAUCCAUUUAUGCAAAAAGAAUGUGUGCCAGUUAAUCAACAAAAAAAGAUGGCAGUUGCUUUAAGCCAUUUACGUCAGCUCUGUGAAGAUUUACGAUGCAAACAUCAACUUGUGAGUGCGGAACUGCACCGUUUGGUGGAUGAAUGUGCUUGUGAGGAAGAAGUAAAACAAGUGUACCGCGAAUGUGUCCAGCUCAGUCUGCAGUGGAAUAUUGUAGUAGGUGUCAUACAUCGAUUGGAAUUAGAGCACUUACCAUCAUGCGAUUCUGAACAAAAUUUGGAGAAAACUCUACUCGGAAGUUGGAGUGAGUGCUCUCCGGAUCAGCUGCAAACUAUUGCGAUCGAACUUUUUUCUCUGCUCACUCGAGCAACUCAUUUGAUUGAUAUCCGGACUGUUGCGUUGAAAACAUUUGCCAAUGAAAGCGAUGCUUCAGCUCAGAGCUGCUACCCAAGUGAAGCAAAAUAUGCUCGAAUAAAGCGUAAGGAAAUGCUAGAAGUAAAUUUGCCGCCAACCGAGGAGAUUGUUUUACUACCGAAGUUUAGUCUCGAUGAUGCCGUUACUCUAUUUGUUCUAUUUUGUGUCCCAGUCGUACCCAGAUUACAGGUGGGAUGUAUCACUUGGCUAUUUCAUCACGGAUCCGAAAGUGAGUGGUGGCCAUUAUUCUUUCCUCGUGUUUUGAAGGAAAUUUUUUCCACGCAGCUCAGAAAGCAUGAUCACAAGAUCUUUUUGCAACUGUCAUUUUUGUGUAAUCACUCAGUAAAAUCUAGUUCGAAACAGAUUUUUAUCAUCCUCGAACUUUUUAAUCUCAUCAAAGAAAUAGCAGCUGGUGUCUUUGAUAAUUAUGCAGUCGUUCGCCAGUGUCCUAAUAACUUGAAUGUUAAUUUGCUCUGUUGGUCUCUGAUGCUUCUUUCUAGCGCGUUUGAUGUUAUCGUUUACAACAAAAAAAAAAAUAAUCGGUGGGCAUUCAUUGGAGGUGAAUAUUCGCGGAUAAUUACAUCAAGCGAAAAGGAUGAUUCAGUGCCCAGAUAUCACAAGAAGAAAUUGCUGAAGUUUGGAGAUAAUGGCGAGAAAACCACAGAAUCCUUAAAGAAUAUUAGUUGUGCUACUUUGAAAAAUCAACUCGAGACAUUGUGGGAGAAGCACUUAAAGGUGAUGGAAGCUAUGAAAGCAAAUAUGAAGAUGUCUAAGGCAUUAAAUACCAAAAUGCAAAAGAAAGUUGAAAUAGAGAAGAAAAUCCAUGAUUUAUCCCCACCUAAUAAAAUGGAUCAUUCGGUUUUUGAUGGAACGGACUUUUCAACAGAAUUGACAGAAGAGAUGCAUACGACACUGUUGCCGUUUCUGGAUGAGCAACAAAUAGAAGAAAUUUUGGCUAAAAAAUAUAUCCAUCAUCAAAGUCCAGAUUUGAAGACAUCACCUGAUUCUUCUGAAUUGGCUUUGAAAAAGGCAAUAUCUAUGGCUAACAAGAGCAGUUCCCGAUCCCGUUGCAGACAGUACAAUAUUCGCUUGAAACUUCCUCACGAACCAUGUGUUGAUGUUGCGCGAAAAUUGAUCACUCUGCUUUGCAACUUUGAAAAGCAACUUCCUACAUUAACCAAAUUAAUAAUAUGUAAAGUUGUUGCUCGUAUAUGCAUCAGUGCAUCUCAUCAUGCUAUUCCUUUGAUUUGCGUUUUGGAAGGCCCAAUUGACAAACUGAUAAAAAUUGGAUUGGAGGAACAAGGAAGUGAUUUGUUGAAAUUUGCAGUUUUGCACUUGAUUUUGGACGUUAUUGAGGCAGAGUCACGUUCUGCCUCUAAGUUAAAUGCAUCUUCUAAAAAUCAAAUUUUCAUGAAGACUAAGGAUUCGGAAACUUCUGGGAUUUCAGAAGAACUUGAUUCACUUUGUAUGCAUCAUACAGGGUGCCAUUUUGUCGACAUCAUUCAUCGCGCUAAAUCUAAGAAUGAAAUAGCGGAGGACGUGAAAGGAAGGAAAUCAACUGGCAUUACGGCAAUUGUGUGCUGUCUUCCCGAAGUUUUGUGCGGAGCAAAGACUUCUCGAUCCUUUAGCAUUGCAAACUAUGAUGAACAACCCGAAUUGGGAUCUGAAUUGUUAGAAACACUCAUACAUCAAAUUCUGUUGAAUACCAGGCAAGCUGUAGUGCCAAGUGGUCCUAAUGAUGAAAUUCGAAGUCAUACAUAUCAGAGGAAAGCUAAGGAAAUGAUUACGGAAAAACUUGCGAAAGGUGAACGGUUUUGUUAUGUGUUUCGCUGGAUUGAUGAUCUUCUUGAAACUGAUGAGCAAGCUGCACGUUCUUGUAACGGUGAUGUAGAAUCAUAUCUGGAGAUAAUGGAAACUCAAACAUCAGAUACUGCAUAUGAAAAACGCACAACUACAUCAAAAUCAGCAUUUAUCGCUUGUUGUAUAUCAGAAUGCACGGCCUGUCUGAAUAACAGAAAAGCUGAUGAAUUCAUUCAUGGUCUCUCGUCUUCCUCUCUGAUAGCUGAACCAGAAUCCAGUUCACCACCCUCGGCUCCUGAAUCGCCGAUGUUACGUAUGGCCAAUACAGAAAUGAAAGAAAGUGGAUAUAAAACGGCUGAGAAUGGUGAGGAUAUGGAAAUGAUAAAAAACACAGUAACAGCGAAUGAUACUUUUGAAUACGGGCAAUUAGGAACACAAUCUUUGUUCAACUUUGCAAUCCAGUGUGGCGAAGCUUCCAUGGAAACGGAACCAUGCUCUUCGGCUUCAUCAGUCUUUUCGGAAAGUAAAGUUAAAAAACAUAUAGAAAAAUGGGUGCCGGUGAAAUGGAUGCCUAAAAUAGCCGUGAACAGAGAGAUCUAUGUUGAGCAUACAAUGGCUAACUUUCUAAGUGAAUUACGAUUGACAAAAAAUGAUAUCUUGAUACAGCCUUGUUCUUUUUUGUAUCCUGAUCAUUUGACGCAACAAUUAGGCUUGAACCAACACAUCCAUUGCAUGAAUAUGGAUUUUCUUGCUGACGUUAUCACAAGGUAUUCAAUUCGAGAUCUGACUAGGUGGAGGCCCUGCUUGUUAUCUCAUCCUCGGUUGCCGGAGAAUGAAACGACGCAUGCACAAUUUGGUGAAACGCUUAAUGCUACCAGCGCUGCUCUUGGACGAUUUGUUCAAUCCAUUUCACUUAAUGAUUCUGAUGAAACUGUUCAGCAGCUUCUUACCUUUUGUUUGGAUUUCGAAGCCGGACUGAUUUAUUCAACGAAGAAACUUCCUGCAAUUGGCAGAUGCAUACUUCCUGCUGAAAACAUAAUUUCUAUUGUGAACUUCGCGGUAAUGUCGAAUUCACUUUCUGAACAUUUGUGGGUGCUCAUAUUGCGUACCCUGGACCUUAUAAUCAAAAACAAUUCCAUAGCCACAACACUUCUGAUUGAAUCACCAUAUUUUUGCAAAUUAAUUAAUAAUUUCUUGGUCGAAAAUAUUUCAAGAAUUAACCAAUCAUUAACGAUCGGUCCUUCAACAGUGUAUGCCUUCAAAAGUUUUAUUACACGACUUCAUGGCUCGCAUGAUGUUGCUCUUCGCGGUAUUCUUUGUAUCAAAAUUCUCACUGUCCUGAAGGAUAUUUCUUCACAACAGAAUUAUUUGAUUAAUUUCUCAUAUCCAAUCGAUUGCCUGGUUGAAUUAUUGAAUAUUAUGACUAAUUAUGCAUCAGACUAUGUCAGUGUGCCACCACAAGAGCUUGCUGGGUAUAUAUCGUCAUCAAUUCAUACAGCACGAAAUUUCAUCCACUAUUACAAAACUUCGGGAAGUUGCUCCUUAGUUUCUAAUGAUUCAUAUCUUCGACCGAACACAUGCUUCCAAGCUACUCAAAAGAUACCAGUCAGUGUACAAUAUGCGUGCGAGAAUACUGAUUUGCCAUAUUAUCCAUAUGUGUUCGAAUUGUGGGGACAAUACGGUCCACAUUAUUCACAAUUAUCUGAUCAGUUUGUUGAUCCGAAACAGUCAUCCGCUACACGCGUUCAUUCACUGAAUCGUCUUUCAUCGCUUCCCUGUUGGCAAAAUCAAUCAAAUAUGUUUCGCCAUGUAAUGCUAAGUCAGGUCGCUUGUUACUUGGAUCGUUCAAGCGACGUAUCAGAUCAUUUAUUGAGCAGCUUUCCGAUUGCAGUCGAAGAACUGUUUGAAAUUGUCGCAGCAUGUGAAAGUGCGAUUCCAGAUGUAAAUUUAAUUUCUCUGGAAAAUUGGAGUCACGUAACUUUGGGUGAUCAAGCGCUAUCCAUAUUAUUGCAAAUAUCACAACGAGUAUCUAGUGAAACAAAGCGUUUAUUUGAAAUAGCUGUACAAGUAAUAAAGCGCUGUGUUAUUCCAUCGAACUACUCACUUUCCAAGCCACUCGCAUUUGCAUUUAUACAAAUGCUAGGUCUCAAGCAUAACCAGAUUUAUUUUGCUGAACUUGGAGGACAUUUAAUUGUGGCGCAUGAAUUGGAACGUUCUAUAUUGGCUUCAACAAAUGAUUGGACAGCUCCAAUUUCUGUACCUCUUAUGCGACAACUUGCUUCGUUGUCCACGCAAGUGGCUGGUGGCAAUGACUAUGGAUGGCAAGUAUCGAAGAAAUUACAAACCGGUGUACGAGAUGAUGGACUGUACAAUUACGCACCACUUUGUACGAUAAGUUCUGAACAGACACUAAAUGUUAGUGGGCAGCUGUUAUCUUUGAUUGCGGUUGCUGCACCACAUCGUACUCGAUCCGCUAAUUGGAGCUAUCAUUUUAAUGAAGGUAGCAAAGAAUGGUUCGAUAUUACCCUUAGUCUUCCAUAUCACAUAGUUCUUCACGAAGUGCAGAUCCGACCGCAUGUUCCUGCCUUAAGCACAGCUCCGGCAGCUGUUCAAGUUGAGUUAUGUUCAGAAACAUCCCUUACUCAGUGGUACAAUCUUGGCGCUCCACUUAGCACUACUGGAUACAGCAAGAUCCGCAUUUCAACCGACUCAUACAAACUUCCUGUCAUUGCUGUGCGCCUUUAUUUCAAAAAACCGCCAGAUUCUACAAAUUUAUCCUUAUCACAAAUACUGUUAUUGGGGAUGAAUUUCACUGCUUCAUUAUCACAUACAUGUUCAAAAAAUAUGGAUUUUGUUCAGUGGCUUUCCAUUAUGGUACAACUAUGUUAUCUUGAAAAAUAUUGCGUUUGGCAAUAUGCUCCGGAACUUCCACGUGCUGUCGUAGCGCUCUUUUUGGGUCGACCACUAUCCAGUCUAGUUUAUCAGCGCAUUUCAGAAUUCUGUUGUCAGAUCGAUAAUGAACGGACAAAGCCUUAUUCGAUUGUUGAAUUGAUUUUUCAAUAUAUAGAGCAAGGCAGUACUGUUACCAACGAAUCCUUAGAAUGGCUCCCGAAUCUAAUUUUUACUUUGUGUGCACAAAAGGAGCAUCAAAUUUGUAUCAUAAAACAGUGUCAAGUGCUUCGUGGUGUUACUUCCUUAAUCACUUCAGGGAAUUAUAAGAAGCCACUUCGGGAUGUUGCUGCUGUUCUGAUAUGGACUGCCUCUUGUAUUAUAUGGCAUAAUAUCAAUGUGGAAGAGCGACAUUUCGAUACAUUAGCGUUGUGCAUAAAUCUAACACCACAGCUCCUUCCAUUUCUAUGUAAAAUGGCAGUGGAUGUAAGUGAACAAUGCAAUGAUACAUUAGCGAAAUCGGCGUCUUGGUUAUUGUGCUCUUUGAUGCGUGGUGCACCAAAUCUUCUACGUAAUGCAUUGAAAGAAAUCGGAUUAUUAGAUAUGAACGAUAAGCCGAAAAGAGAUGUCCCCCAGAGUGCAUUUACUGUUGUGCAACGAAUGUGUCAGUCAAGGACAAGCAUAUUGCACCUUCAUUCCCUCGGUCUUCUACAAUACUGGGUCGAAUUGAUUAUCACUUAUUCCGAAGAAACAAACAUGGAGCAUAUGUCAUUGUUAAUUAGCAUAGUUCGAUGCUUGGCAUCGCUUUGUUGUAUCGAGGAUGUUGUCAAAUUUCUGGAUUUCAUGGGUGGUUCUCGUUUUUUUAACUCUCUCAUAAAAUGUGUCGUUCGAUGUGCUGCUUCACCUGGAGAUAUGAUUCGUCCAUCUGGUAAACAAAGCAUCAAAUUAGAGAACGCUACAAUCACUUUGCUUUCACAAUGUGUUACUGUUGGUGGCUCACAUCGUCAACGCAUAGCUCACGUUUUAUGUUCCUUGUUAAAAAGUACCGGUAGCUUCAAUGGUGCAAUUCAGCAGAUGAUACUGAAAUGUAUUUUUGAUGAUGAGAUGAUUCCUGUGAAAGCAGUCGAUGAAGACACUUCAAUCUGCUUCCCGUCGCUUGACAUUCCAAAUCGUAUUUUGCAUCCAUUUUUUGGUUGUACACGGAGGGAACGUUUCUUAAAAGUAUCUUUAUAUACUUCUAUGGAUGAGAUUUCUGCUUUGCAUAAAAGCGCAAGUGACUUUCGACAGCUGACAAAAAUUAGGGCACCUAUGGAUGAGUCGCAGUUUUUUUCAUCUCUUGUUACAAACCAAGACCUGAUGACAGCUAUUCCUUCGCGUCUAAUGAUUCGAAGUUGUGUCAGUUUAGUUGAAAUAAUGGGUGAUUGGAAGAUUGGACAGUUGGUAGGAGAUUUAUUUGUUUCUGGACGCUUAACUUCUUCGGCGUGGAAAGGAAAAAUGGCCGGUGGAGAUAUACCAAAAAUAGCAGUUGAAGAUAGUGCUGAUGGCUAUUACACAGUUGCGCUUUCAUUUGUUCAGCGCUCAAAUCUGAAAGAUAGUACUAGCGUCAUGUCAGAUCAAAAGCUGGAUACAAUGCUCACAGAACAGACAUCAACCCUACAAUACUUUGCACGCGCAAAUGGUCUCGCACUUUUAGCGCUGCAUUUGCAAGUACAUUAUCCAACGUUUAACUCUUCUGCUAUCAUUCCAUCAUUCAGGGACUCAAAACGGAAAUCAGUUGAGCAGCGAUGGUUAAUAGAUUCAUCAGAAACGAUAGCUAUGAAUGAAAUAUUUCCAUCGGGUUAUGCCUGUCCAACAUCAAUUUUCUCUUCGUCUGAUCUACCAGCCGGAGAACCAGUAUACAGUACCUUAUAUGUACCCGUUUUUGGUGGCGAAGCAGAUUCAGGUCCAGGUUACGAAGACUUCGAGUACAUCGACUCUGUUGCUUCGGGAGAAAUGAAAGGAUGGACAUAUUAUCCCUUAUUCUCUCAGACAGAUAAUUCGGGAAGUCAUGCAGCACCCAAAAAACUACAAAAAAUUGGUCCACAGCCGUCAAAUCAAGCACUUUCAAUAGGUUUAUCGCCACAUGUUGUCGUCGCUUUCAGUAUAUUCUUAAGAUUGGAGGGUUAUGCCGAAUUACUGGUAACAUACGAUCGUAAACGUGCUAAACGCCUUUUGAGGCUUGCAAUGGGCGUUAUCACUACUGAAACAUCGCUUGUAAACAAACCACAAAUGUUUAAAUCGGGUGUAUUCAAAGCCACUCAGCCACAGUCCCAGUCAAAACAGAAAUCGGAAUACGAAAAUCUUGGUUCACUGCCUUUUGUUGUUCUAGAAGAAUUAUUCAAUAAGUACUUGCCCUAUACAUCUGUUGGAAGGUCCUUACGGGAAGCUGCAGUGACCAGUGGUGUUUUGGACGUUUUGUUGGAUUGUUUGGCUCAUUAUAGCCAUCAAAAACACAGGGAAAAGUCCAUUCGACCAUCGUGCCUUCCACCAGCUCCUGAGACCGCUGUUUUGGUUGAGCGCUUGUUGCGGGGCUGGAUGGAAUCAGAACAAUCAUCCUAUGAAAGAGCCAGCUGUGGCACGACGACAGAUGAGCGUAUAAAUAGUUCUGGAAAUGCUGCACCAGCAAUGAGCUCUGCUUCAACCGUUACCCAGCAACAUAAUUUUUGGGCCAAGGGUACUGGUUUUGGCAGUGGAACUACACAGCAACAGUGGAAUGUUGAUUUGCAUGUCCUGAAACGAAAACAGGACGAACAGAAUGUGACUCAUUUGUUAAAAGUACUUUCAAGCUUUUUAUAUCCGAAAGUUAAAGACUAUCUGAAAGUGGAAAAUAAUUGGACAGUUGAUAUCAGUGGACAUAAUGCAGUUGCUCCGCUGACAUCCUUGCAUCCGGAAUAUACUGAAACGCAUGGUAGAAGUCAAAAUAUCUCAUUAAUCUCUGUGCCAGAUUCAUCAAUGCCAGGACCUUCAUCUGGGCAUCAAUCACUUCUUUCAGUUAUUUCAUCAACUUCUUUGCAGUGGUCUUUGAGCUCAGCCGUAGUUAAAAUGCUAUCCCGCUCCUGUUUAUUGCCAGCUAUUUGGGCAUAUCUUAGGAAUGAUUCUGUCUUGGAUAUAUCUCAGCAUGUGGAAUUAUAUGAAGCAGUUAUGUAUAUGGUAGCUGCGUUAGCAUUGAGUCCAGAAUCAACAGAUAGCAGAAGGGAAGAAGAGGAUGAGAUCACUGUAUUGCUUUCGGGACCGGAAUCAGGUUGCUCAAUGCAUGCGAUGCUAAACAAACUAUUUGACUGCGUUUCUGCGUAUCUUACUAGACUUGCUGUUGAAUCAAACGAAACCAGAUUGCAAAAUCUAAAUAUCCAACAAAAUGCAGAAAAUAAUGACGAAUCAGCACAAAGUCGCGAAGAAGGUCUCAUGCGACUUGCACCACUAAUCACCGCAGUUUGUGUCGUCCUUUCGAGACGAGUGAAAGAGUUACCUCUGAAGUCAGAAAAUAAUGAGAAGGAUGCAGUUACUGAAGAGGAAAAAUAUGUGAAAGUUAUGAAGGCUUUACAGUUUGAUACAGUAUCAUUCUUUACGGAGGGUUCAUUCAUUCCAUAUCAUUACGAAAGUUCACUUUCCUCUGUUGGUACUAGCAGUUCGAUGGGAAAACGAACGAGACGUUUGGCGCAAGAAAUUGUUACACUUAGUAAUUCACUACCAUUGAGUUCAAGUAGUUCUGUCUUUGUUCGUGCUUGUGAAGAACGACUGGAUGUCAUGAAGGUGUUGAUUACGGGUCCAGCAGAUACUCCAUAUAUGAAUGGAUGUUUUGAAUUUGAUGUUUGGUUUCCAACUGACUACCCAAAUUCACCUAUGCAUGUAAAUCUUGAAACGACUGGCAAUCAUACUGUUAGAUUUAAUCCUAACCUGUACAAUGAUGGGAAAGUAUGUUUGUCGGUACUGAACACAUGGGAUGGUCGACCUGAAGAACGAUGGAAUCCGGAAACUAGUAGUUUGUUACAGGUCAUUGUAAGUGUGCAGUCUUUAAUCUUAGUAGCGGAACCGUAUUUUAACGAGCCGGGAUACGAACGAUCAAAAUGUACUCAGGCGGGACAACAAGCAUCGCGAGAUUAUGAUGCUAACAUUCGUCAAGCAGUAGUAAAGUGGGCUAUGCUUGAAAUGAUGCGACAUCCCCCACCAGCUUUCGCAGAUAUCGUGAAGAAGCAUUUUUGGUUGAAACGAAAGGAAAUUUUGUCACAGGUGUCAAAAUGGAUUGCUGAGAUGGAGCAACUAGUGAAGCAACAACGUGGUAGUGGACGGAGCACCCACGGUCACCUUGCUUCUUUAAAGCGACACGCCACUGCAUUGGAGGAUGAAUAUCGACGGAUGGAGUGUCCCACAGAUCUUCAAGAUGUAAAUGUGUCAUGCACUCAACAAACAAGCAUCUCUGAAAACAUGCAGCAAGCAAAUCUAACGAUAAGUGAGCAACAGUUACAAAGUUUGAAUGGUUCAGGACAAGUACCUCACAAUUUGAAGAACCUCUCAGUAAUGGAAAUCCUCAAACUAUGA